CACACACAGCCUACAUUCUAAAAGUAAAUCAAGUGGGAAGUAGUCGGUCUUUGUUCCGGGAUGCCCAGAAGCCUUCCACGGGGAAGCACCAGUCUGGCCAGAAGAGAACACAGGCGCGCGCGUACACAACCGGAGGAGGGAGGGGACUGGAAAGAGUUAGAACCUGGGCAUACUAGAGGUGGGAGGGCGGGCAGAAAAGGGAGGGAGGGACAAGAGGAGGCACUGUGCAAUCAAAGGCUACCCCACUCUCCCCUGCCCAGCCCCACGUUCCUCCCUCUCUCCCACCCACCCCCAGGAAACUCUUAGGCUAAAAGUGCUCGCUACAGGCUUCUCACUGUGUGUGUGCAUCUCCGCUCAGCUGCUGUUUCUCGCUGAGGCAAGGUUUCAGAAGACACCACCAAGAUGCCAUCUCAAAUGGAACACGCCAUGGAAACCAUGAUGUUUACAUUUCAUAAGUUUGCUGGAGACAAAGGCUACUUAGAAAAAGAAGAUCUAAGAGUUCUCAUGGAAAAAGAGUUCCCUGGAUUCUUGGAAAACCAGAAAGACCCUUUAGCUGUGGACAAGAUUAUGAAAGACUUGGACCAGUGCCGAGACGGAAAAGUGAACUUCCAGAGUUUCUUCUCACUAAUCGCUGGGCUGACCAUUGCGUGUAAUGACUAUUUUGUCGUACACAUGAAGCAGAAAGGCAAAAAAUGAACCCAAGCUAAGAAACUCCUCCCAAUCCUGACCCAUUGCAGUAUCCCAAAUGGUCAUGUUCAAGAUAUCCCGUAUGGCUGCCCCAAGGAUGAGGGAGUUGCAUGAGCAGACCCAGGCCCUUAGAAGCCCUUAGAAUGUUCAAAUGAACUCCAGGCUUACAAUUUGACAGCUAGGGAAAGAAAAUAUAAAUAUAUGCGAGAGAAGCUUUUGAUAUUUUUUUUUCAUAUUAUAUGCACCCUCUACCCCACAAUAAAAAGAGAAAACAUCCUUUUAAAUGUC